CCACGACCAAUUUCGAUGAAAAUUGUCUCCGUCUUUUGUGUGUGUAUAAAAGGGGGUUUAGAGUGAGGAUAUUUAGUGAUGGUUUUAAUAAUUUCAAAUGAAUUCGUUGAUUUCUCGUGACACUCAAGACGUUCGCGUUUAUUUCUCUUCCAAGUUUAAAACUAUAUCGCAUGUUCAUAAUACCAAAACGGGUACGUCGACAAAUAUUCGCAGCAUUAUCAUGUUGCAUCGGCCCCCUGAUGGUCGGCUCGAUCGCCGAGUGGUCCGCCUCCGCGUUCCCGAAAAUCCGGAGCAACGAGCUGGGCUUCCGGCUCUCCGUCUUCCAGGAGGCCUGGGUCAUCAACACCAUCUACGCCGGCAUCAUGGUCGGCCCCCUCCUGGCCGGCAUCGCCAUGGACGCCAUCGGCAGGAAGUCCACCCUCCUCCUCUUCACCGUCUUCGCCGUCACCAACUGGACCCUGGUCACCUUCGCCCCCACCAAGCACAUCCUCUACCUGGGCCGCUUCUGCGGCGGCCUCUGGGCCGGCUGCGUCAUCACCAUCGUCCCCGCGUUCCUGGCCGAGAUCCUGGAACCCGACGUCCGCGGUAGCCUCGGCAGCUUGUUCGUCAUGAUGUACUUCGCCGGGAACCUCUACGAGAACCUCAUCGGACCCUACGUGACGUACCGCGCGUUCUGCUUGAUCUCGAGCGCGCCCGUCUUCGUCUUCGCCGCCACGUUCGCGUUCAUCCCUGAGACGCCCUACUACUUCAUGAUGAAAGGGCAGCGCAAGAAGGCGGAGGCGUCGUUGACGUGGUUGAGGGGUGACGCUGACGUCUCCGUAGAGUUGGACAAGAUCGAAAAGUACGCGGAAACGUUCAUGAAGCAAAGAGGCAGCUUCAAGGACCUGAUAUUCAACGAGAAGUACCGCAAGGCGUUCUUGAACGUCCAGGGCGUUUACUUCAUUCAGAAGCUUUGCGGGACGUUCACGGUGCUAGCCUACUUGACGGUCAUCAUCCCGAAGAGGGUAGGACCUCUCGCUCCUUCGAACUGUACCCAGAUCACGGGUAUCGUUCUACUGCUGUCCACCUUUUCCUCGACCUUCCUGCUCGAUGCGGUCGGGAGGAAGCCCCUCUUCGUGAUAUCGAAUAUCGGCAUAAUAGUCACGACUUCCAUAACCGGCGCGUGGUACUUUUUGGACGGGCACACCAAUUUCAAUAUGGCGGGGACUACCUAUGUGCCGUUUCUGGGUAUACUCCUGUACGGCGGUUUCUUCUGCGUGGGUGUGGGGCCCAUCGCGUCCAUCUACCAGGGGGAGGUUUUGCCCUCGAAUAUCAAAGCCCGCGCGUCCACGGUCACGACGAUGAUGUCGGCCUUCGCGUCCAUCGUGAACACGACUCUUUUCGCGGUUUGUAAUAGGUACAUCGGGAUCUACGUUAAUUUUUUCCUCUUCGCGUUGACCUCUGUGUUCGGUCUUUAUUUCGCCAAGUAUCACUUCAUCGAGACCAAGGGGAAAACGCUGCAAGAGAUCCAGGAGGAGCUUAUGAUGAGUUAUCAGAAGAGAAAAGCCUCAGCAUUGAGUGGGAAACUAGGAGUUUGCCAAGUACCGAUCCCACACUCUUUGAAGACCGCCACAAAGCGGUAGUCGUUUUUGAAGACUCCGAGGAUAUUAAAAUGACGGCCGCCUCCUCAUUGAGAAUAGACCUGCGGGCUGAUUAUUGAAAUUGAUAGACAGAGCUAUACACAAAGAGGACAAACGGGAUAUGGAGGGAUCUUAUUGGUGGAGGCGGGUAGUUGCAAUGGACAAAUGAGGUGGAUAAUAGACUAGUUAGCUCAUCAUUUUCUCCCCUGCUGUAUAAGAACUAUAUGACCAUUUUCACCGAUAGGAUUGCUCCAUACUCGCUAUGUCUUCUUUGUCUUUUGCUUUGUCUAUAAAUUUCAGCAAUCAGCACGCAAUUUUCCUGCAAACGGUGACAUGAUAAUCGCGAUAUACCUUAAAAUCUCGUUUUUGAUGAAAUUUUGUUCAAUUUUUGCCUCUGGAAAUGAUUAUUGAACCACGUUUUGCAAUAUUACGAGCGAUUAUUUCUGGCUCAUUUUGGAAACAACGUAUGUGCCAUUAGUUCCCCUGUACAGAAAGGUGAUCUCACCAGAUGAACCAGCAUUUGCCGUUGAUUGCAUAAUUUGGUCCAAUUUUUGGUUGGAUUAACCGAAAUUCUAAGAAAUAGAUGUGUAAGACUGCUGAUAGAAAAGUAUUCAUAAGCUGUUCCUAUACCUGAUGAAUUAAAGACUCCUUUUCUUACCGCCUAUGCAUUUUGCAGUGUUUCAGGAUUGAAGUAUGUUAAAAUGCGCCUAUUAAUAGAUACAUGGAGACGUUAGAAUGGGAUGCUAAAAUAAUGACCGCAGCGCGUGCUCUCAAUUCGUAUAAUUAUUCAAUAAGCUCAUUAAAUAAACUAAACAAGAAACUUGAACUAUAAGUGACCCUUGAAAAAGCAGGCCGAAAGUGUUACAUAAUUACACUUCGUAAAUGAUAAGAGAAAAAACUCGGGCUUAUACAAUAAUUAUUCCGAUGAUUUGGAUCACAAUGAGAAUUAAUAAGUUUAGAAAAUGGUAUGCUUAAUUUAUGUAAACUUUUCAAAACCAUUUUUUUUACCUUUGUAUUUUCCUUCCGGCAGAAAACUGAAUGCAGUGAUAUCGCCUCAAAGAAUCAGAACGUAUGUAAAGAUCGGUCAAUACCAAACAUUUCUGAUUGUUCCAAUAAAUAGUCUGAAGUAACGCAUGCAAAUUAAGAACCAGUGAUCUUAAAAUUAAUCUACAUUAAUCCAAUUUUUUGCGAUUUCAAUUGUUCUAAGUUUUCUUUGUAUGGUUUAAGGAAACUUAAGACGGAGAAAGGAAUCGGAAAUUAAGAUAAAAUUACAACCUUUCUUUAUGUAAUGCCUUUCAUAUCCCUCUUCCCCCUUAUAUUAGUUAUUUCGGCAACAGCAUGUAAUCCUUGAGCCCGAUUUUCCGGGCCUUCUUGCAUGCUCAUUCUACUGUACAAUAAAGAUAGUUUCGUUUA